AUGGCUUCCCGUAAGAAAGCACCAAAAGGCAAGAGGCCUGGUCUGCGCUCACAAGUAAAGUGGGUGGUUAAAGGGGAAGAGACCGGAGACAGCUUGACAUCAGAAGGAGAGGAGGCGUCAUGGGUAGAUCCUCCUGAAUCGUCGAGCAAACCCGGCUUAGCACCGACCGGUGGACCAUCCACAGUACCCAGCGGGGGCCUGGCGAGCCUGAUGAGAGAUUUCCUUGAGGCACAGCAAGUGAGGGAGGGGAGAUAUGUGCGGGAGCUGCAGGGCAUUCGUGAGUCAAUCCAGCAGACUGUGAGAUCAACCGUAGCAACUCCGAGUGACAUGGGGAGCAUACAUAUGAAUCUCCCAAUGCCGGGGCCUUCAGGAAUAUCCACAUCACCAACCAGGUCACUAACACAGCAUAGAGGGCCCAUACAUCGAUCAGAGACACCGGUGCCUGUCUUGCAGCCAGGGGACGACAUCGAGAGUUAUCUGAGGAGGUUUGAGCGAUUGGCCCGAACGUGGCAGUGGCCAAGGGAAGAGUGGAGCUGUCGACUCGUACCUUUACUGACUGGGCAAGCACUUGAGGCAUACCUCGCAAUGGAUGAGAAUCUCGCAGAUGGCUACGACCACCUUAAGGACGCCCUACUGCAGAAGUUCAACAUCUCAGCCGAGACGUAUCGUCAGCGGUUUCGGGCAGUGAACAUCCCAGAGGGUGAGUCACCAACCGAAACAUACCAUCGUCUGCGGAAUCUUUUCCAGAGAUGGGUGCGUCCUGAUCUGCAUUCUAAAGAGGAGAUCGGGGAGCUGAUCAUCCUGGAACAGCUACUUCGUGUACUGCCAUACGACAGCCGUACUUGGGUAAAGGAGCAUGAACCAGAAUCAGGAUUAGCAGCUGCAAAGCUAGCCCAGCAGUACCAGAAUGCCCAUCGAUCUGGCCCGCGCACUCAACCUGUCAAAGGUAAAGCACGGUUUGCACACACAGAUAGUUCCCAAGACGCUAUCCAUGAACUUAAGUUGGCUACUACACCGAAACUGAUCUGCUUUGCAUGUCAACAGCCAGGACACAAAGCUUCUGUAUGUCCAGCACGUAAAGCCAAACUGACUGGCUUUUGCUAUGUGCCCAGAGAAAAUGAUGGGGAAGUAGACUCUGUUGGGCUGGGGCAAGGUAAUAACAUGCUGUUGGACAUUACGGUAAAUGGACAUGCGUUAAAGGCAAUGCUAGAUACUGGUAGUGCACUCUCUCUAAUUAAAUCAUGCCAUGUUGUUAAUGUUGACUAUGAUACCACCACUAAGGUACAAUGCGUGCACGGGGAUGUAAAGCCGUAUCCAAAGGCUGAGGUGUUGGUGGGUGUGCAGGGUCAGAUGUAUCUUUUAAGAGUGGCAGUAAUUGACACCUUACCGGCCGACAUGAUUUUGGGGAGAGAUCUCCCAAUUUUAAGUGAACUGGUGAAUGAGAGGGGAAACCAGGUCAAUGAGGUGGGGAAUACCAUGCCUAUGUGUUCCUUUCCGAUUGUGAUGGAUGAUGCUGGGAUGGAGAGCACUUUGAUUAUCAAAAAGGAGAUGGUCCAGCAAAUGUUUGAGAGGAUUAAACGUAUGAAAAAGCCCGGCGCCGGCUAA